AUGCUCUCUCACCUGCGCUUCCACCGGCGGGGGCCCUCGAACCCUUCCUCACCCGCCCCCGACCAGUCCUCGCCCUCGUCGCUCCAGAGCCACCAGCAGUCGCCCCUCAACCCGGACUCGGCGUCUCCCCUCGAUGCCCAGCAGCCGUCGCCCGCUUCCGCCUCCUUGCCGCCGACCUUGCCGCCGAUAGCCCGCGUGACGUCAAGCGAUCUCGGCUUGGAGCCUCUUGGCCUCGCAGACAAGCAAGAUGUCGACAAACAGACGCCAUCGCCGUCGCCUCCCCACCCCCAGCCUCAGCCUCAGCCUCAGCCUCAGCCGCAGUCGCAGUCGCAGUCGCAAACCCGGAAUGCGCAAGCACAACAAGUCGAGAGCCAGGGCCAAACGUCCCCAAAAAGGGCCGACCCGCCAUCGAGGCCAUCGCCGAAGACGUCUAGUAGUUCCAAGGGGAUCGCUUCGCUGAGCGUCAACAGCCUCGCCGGUUCCUCGUCAUCGAGCCAGCGGCAUUCUGGAUCUCGCAUGGCGAGUGAAUCCCAACCCUCGAGUAGUGUGUUGAACAUUGAGCCUCUCAAGGGAAAGAAAGGGCUGCCAUUUCUCAAGAACCCAAUGUCAACGCUGCUGUUGAGGAGAAAGAACAAUCAAGGCCUGUCAAAUGACUUGCCUCUGCCGCUGAGCAGCCGUCUAGACGAGCCGACGUAUGAUCCCCGCAUCAAGGGCACCAGGGUUCAUGACUUCAGUGCCCCGAGGCGGCGGACGAAUGCUCCCGCGACUGAUACUGUCGCUAUUCGCUCUGCUUCUCUGGCCAAUAUCGCCCUGGAGUCGGGCGUUGGCCCUCAUGACGGCGCCGAGAGCCGAGGCUCCGUGGCGUUGGACGGGCAGCUACAACGCCGCAUGGUGAGCAGUGCGUCGGAUCCCGCUCGUCCAGAAUCAGGGAGCACGAACUCGCACACCAUUGCCCAAUCAUCCAGCGUUUCUUCCGUCAGAACGGGGUCCUCCACCGCAGAGCAAGCCUUUCCACUGGAAGAAAAUGUCCUUCGUGAACUCACAUUGAAGAGCAAUGACACGACUUUGCAAGCAACCCCUUCAGCAGCCUCUCGGACUACCGUUCAGGACGUGGUCAACCCAACCAGGGAUGCCGGCUCCAUACACAUAACCCGGUCAAGAAACGUCUCUCUGUCAUCCAUACCCAGACACAUGAAGAGCACCUCUUCUCGUUUCAGCUUUGACAUGAUAGGGGCUGCCAAGCAGGAGAAGCUGCUGGAAGAGCGUCACCGACAGCGGGAGCUCGAUAAGAAGGCUGCCGAGGGCGAGCCGAGGGACUCUCGCUUUGACGAAUUUGACGAGGAUUCCUUUGAUUACGACGCCAUGAUGGACGAUGACGGCUUGGAAGAGAGGAUUCCGGGUAUCAACGCCGAUUACGAGGAAGAGGAAAUACCGUAUCUCGACGACGGAUAUGAUGAGCAAGAGGCCCAGUACAUGGGGGAUCAAGUCGAUCCAGACGACGACCAGGAGAACUUUGCGGGCUUUACGUUUCAGCGGUCCAAUCCGACCUCGUCUCUGACGAGUCCGCAAAACCUGGGUGUCAUGGCAACUCCUCGAGACGCUGACGGCGAGGUCAUUGGUUGUGCUAUGACCAAGGACUCUCCCGGGCUUUCAUUGCCGCCCUCGACGCUGGCGCCGCUAGGUCAGGGUGCCGAUGCCGAAGGGUCUGGUCUGGGGAUUCACGGAGUGGAUGCUGUUACGGACACACUUCAGACAUUGAACCUCGAAGCAGAUUCCGAACCACCCGUUGCAGCUGUAUCGGCGCCGGAAGCCAUGCGCCGGAAGAUGAGUUAUGACGACCUAUAUUUCGACGAAGGCAUGGCAGAGUUUGGAGGCGUGUUUGCCGAAGAUCUGGCCGCAGGUCCCCCGGAUGACGGAGUGCCUUUUGAUGAAUCAAUAUUUGACAAUGAUGAUACGGAUCGGUACGGCCGACCGUUUCCUGGAGCCUUUGCGGCCGCGAAAGCAGCGCGGGAAGGGAAGAUCAAGCAAGAGGCUGUACAGUCGGAAACGGACAAGGAAGGGCCGAGCUUGGAAUCGCAGCAACUGUCAAAGCAGCAAGACCUUGCUCAGGCAGAGACACCGGCCACUACGAGCCGCAGCCCAGAGCAUUCCGACGGUAACGGUGACGACCAGGGCUCAAGCGAUAUGCCUCCGCUGUCCGAGACUACCAUUGUUGCUCCUCAGCCGACGGCUUACAGCGCGAACCCCAUCGCUGCCUAUCAAGCUGCUCUGGCCGCAGCCGCUCAGAAAGCGGCGGCAUCCGGCGAAUUUGAACGCUCCUUGGCACAGUCUCCCACUGACGCCGACAACAAUGGCGCGGCAUCUUCAAGAUUCGAUGAUCCAGAUGGGCUGCCUCACUAUGCAUACGAUGACUAUGGCUAUUCCUACGACGACAUGGACGAUUUCGAGAUGGAUGACGAUGCCAUCAUCGCAGAGGCCAAUGCCAGCGCCUUAGCCAACGACUAUGAUGGGUGGUACGGACAAGAGUUUGGUUUCUACGCUGCCCCGGUCAAUACCCACAACGCCGGCUCCAGCUCCGAAGACGCAUACGUCGCCGGAGGAUUCUUUGGUCCUAAAGGUGCAAGCAAUAUCAAUCGCAGCAAAAGCGGGCGUGUGAUUUCGAGGGAGCCCAACCUGACCCCCAUCACCGAGCGGUCGGAAUACUCUAAUAGAAACUCUCUCAUGAGCCUGGGAAUGCCGCCCAUCAGCGGCACGCCCGUCGUCCAGAGCCCCGGUCUGGCCCAGCUGGCCAUGAUGGCGGAUCGAGGCGACGAGCAGAUGAACCUGACGGCCCUUCUCCGGCUGCGAUCGAAGGCGUGGGGAGGUUCCCAAGCCAGCCUGGCCUCGAGCAAGGACGGCUCCCCGAGAUCCGAAAGAGGGGAUCUUCCCGGUUCGCCGCGAGGGCCUGGGUUUCCGGCCGGGUUCCCCUCCUCAAUCGGCCAUACGCGGAAGAAUUCGGCCUUUUCCGUCGUGAGCCGCGAUUCGGAAGGUGGCAGUGCUCCCGCCAGCCCUACGCUCGCGAUGCCUACAUCGGCCCUCGCCUUCAGCUCGUCGAUGAUGGGCUCGCAUGUCCUACAAGAAGGCAUUUCCCCGCUCAGCGAUGCGCGUGAUCCGCCUGCUUUCGCAGCAUCCGGUGCACAUCCGCAUGCCAUGGGCAGCGGCCAAAAUGCCCCAGGCCCAGAGAAGGGCCACCGGCGACAGAAGGGUUCGACAGACAGCAUCUCCUAUAUGAUGGAGGAAGAGAGUGGCGAAACGCGGUGGAUCUUGGAGCGCCGGCGGACGGGAGAGUUUGGCGAAGUCGAAAUUUUAGAGCGGGAAGUCGUUGAAGGCGGGCGUAUAUAG